ACUCACAGUCAAAAACAGAUGCAACAUCACAUUCACAUGGCAUAGAUCUGUCUUACAAGUUUUGAGCAUAGUAUAUGUGCUCAUCUUCUGAUCUCUCUUCUUCAACUCCAUAACUUCUUUGUGCACAAGUCUGUCUCUCAAAGUCCAUUUUCCUAGUAGAUAAAAGGAUUAAUUUUGAUCCCCCUUAAAAUUCCCAAAAAUCUUGGGUUCCACACACACCCUCUCCUCCCAAAAGUACCAUCCCAUCUCAAUCUUCUUGUCUUCUACUCCUACUUGUAUGGAAAGAAAUCUGUUCUACAUGCAUACUAGCCAUAUCUGCAUUAUGUUUAACACUUUCUCAAUCCUUCACAUCAAAACCAGAUCCUAAUCUUUUGUUAUUUCUCACUUUCGUAGUCUAAGUUUUCAAUGUUUGAUAUGAAGGAGUUGCAUUUUUGACAGAAUGAAGAACACCCACCUGCUUAAUUUGAUUCUUGUACUGACCUCAACUGGAGUUUUGGUAUCUUUUGUAUUUUUGAUCUACUUUUACUGCAAAAGAAGUGCAAAACAUGAGCAACAAGAUGUGGAAAACUCAGAGCAGAAGCAUGAAGAUGAUGUGGAGGUAGAGGACUUGAUGAUUUUUCAGGAUGGCCAAGACCUCACAAUUUGCGACAUACUAGAUGCUCCAGGGGAGGUGAUUGGAAAGUCAAACUAUGGAACACUGUACAAGGCUUUGUUGCAGAGUAGCAACUCAGUGAGGUUGCUGAGGUUUUUGAGGCCUGUGUGCACUGCAAAAGUUGAAGAUUUUGGUGAAGUGGUUCAGAUGUUGGGGAGUAUAAGGCACCCCAAUUUGGUGCCUCUUCUGGGAUUUUAUGCAGGGCCAAGGGGUGAGAAGCUUUUGAUUCAUCCGUUUUAUUGGCGUGGCAAUCUGGCUCAGUUUGUAAGAGAAAGCAAUCCUGACUCUCACAAAUGGGCCAUAAUCUAUAGAAUCUCAGUUGGAAUAGCAAAAGGUUUGGAUCAUCUUCACACUGGGUUGGAGAAGCCUAUAAUUCAUGGCAAUCUCAAGUUGAAAAACGUACUUCUGGAUCGCCAUUACCAACCAUUCAUCUCAGAUUUCAGCCUACAUCUUCUGUUGAAUCCUACUGCUGGCCAAGAAAUGCUUGAACUUUCAGCAUCUCAAGGCUACAAAGCCCCUGAGCUGAUCAAAAUGAGGGAUGCAACUGAAGAGACUGAUAUAUACAGCCUUGGGGUUAUCUUACUUGAAUUACUCACAGGGAAGGAACCAAUCAAUCAAAACCCAACAACACCUGAUGAGGAUUUUAGUUUGCCGGAUUUUAUGAGAAAUGCAGUCCUUGGACAUAGAAUCCAUGACUUGUUCCAUCCAGAUUUACUUCUCAACAGCAACAUUGACGACGAAGUCCCAGUAACUAAAGAACAGAUUCUCAAGUUCUUUCAGCUUGCUAUGACAUGCUGUUCUCCUUCUCCAUCACUUAGACCAAACACCAAGCAAGUUCUAUGGAAGCUUGAAGAGAUUGGUAACUGAACACUCUACUUGAGCACUGUUUGGUAGGUCAUAGUGCCUUGAUUGAGAAUAUUUCUGAUUUACAAAAUCAGCAUGAUUGAUGGCCAUGACAAAAACAAUGACCAUGAUGACUUUGACAUGUAUAGUAAAAAUAUAGAUGGUUAUAUAUACUCUUUGAAGCCAAAAAGCUGAAAACUUCAGCUUAUGGUUACACGCUUUGAGCAAAAGUUUCAGAUUUCAGCCAUCCGACAAAGAUCGAAAAGUUGGUGAUUUAGCUUGUCAGAUUGUAGAUUUCUUUAUUGCUAAGUAUGAGCAGCCUGAGACUAUGAAUUCCAUAUGGUCCCAGCUAGCUUUCACAAAAUCUUUUAAGGGAAGGUAUCACUUAGCAAAAAAGAAAAAGAAGGUACCUUUAAUCAACAGUGAGCAAUGAAAUUAUUCUUUUUCCAUCUA